AAUCUAAUAGAGGAUGAUUAAAUCAGUCAAUGUGCUCUAGACGUGUCAUUGAACAAAACAAACUUUAAACUGUCCUUUCGAUGGAUGGAUUUCAUAUUUGGUAUGAUUUUUAAAAAGUAAAUCUUUCAUCUAUACAUUUUCAGUCCCAUAGAGGUUAGCUUAGGAGAAGUCAAGGUCAUUUGGAACCAUUUUCAAGGAUGUCUUUUAUGUUUGUGUAAAAGAUCAGCAAAGAGUCUUUCAACUGUACAUCAAGAAUGUGAGCCAAAACUAAGGCCAAGUGUUGACAGUGCUCCCUUGUCUUGGGUUAUUGAUACUGACAGUACAAUGUUGUCCAGAAUGAAAUUAAUUGUGUGAGGCACCGGUCAACGGAAGACCUUUUAUGGAUGUUAGAGUGUGUUGAUACUUGAACGAUAACAAAGUAUGGAUAAUACAGAACACAGUGAUCUUCACCUACAAGAGAUAAGAGAGUGUGAUGAAUCUGUUACUAAAAACGGAAAGGAUGAAGGAACACUGUGUAAAAGCAAUUCAUUCAGUAACAGAGAGGUCACGUUUCAAGCUGAAGAUGAGGUACCCAAAAGGAAGAAACCUGAACGAUGUGUCUGGUGUCGUCUGUGUUGUGGUCGGUGUACAUCGCCAUUACUAACUACACGGAACCCGUUGCCAAGCAACCCAUCGUGUUGUGACAGAUUCAAGUUUGCGUUGUUGUGUCCCCCACACGGCAGAGUGGGGGGAUUCCUGUUUCUUCUCAUUCUCUUCUUCACUCUGUGGGGGUUCCUGGUGGCUGUCACGGACAAGAAUGCGCUUCCAGGCGGCAACUUGUUUUCCUUGUUGGUUCUCUUCUUCACGUGCUGGUUUGGAGGAUAUCUCAUCUCAUUCAUUAGACUGCCACCAUUGCUGGGUAUGCUCAUUGUUGGAGGCUUACUCAACAAUGUUCCACACAUUUCCAUUGCUAAGGACAUUGACCACACCUGGUCAGCAGGGGCAAGACAGAUUGCGUUGACAGUGAUACUGAUACGAGCGGGUUUGGGCCUGGAUCCGAAGGCUCUGCGUAGACUCUCGUUUGUGGUCGUGCGGCUUGCUUUCUCACCCUGUCUUGUGGAGACUGUCACCGACGGGAUCGCUGCUCACCUGCUGUUGGGCUUUCCAUGGGAAUGGGGAUUCAUGCUUGGUUUUGUUAUAGCCGCCGUGUCUCCAGCUGUGGUAGUUCCAUCUCUGCUGGGUCUCCAGGAGCGGGGUUAUGGAGUGGAGAAAGGCGUGCCCACUCUGGUGAUCGCCGCUGCCAGUAUCGACGAUGUGCUCGCCAUUACAGGAUUCGGAGUCCUCAUGGGGAUAACGUUCUCCAAAGGAAAUCUUGUCUGGACUUUGUUUAAGGGACCCCUUGAAGCCAUUGUUGGGGUGAUUUAUGGUAUUCUGAUGGGGAUAGUGCUCUGGUACGUUCCACACAAAUCAAGUAAACAUUUGGUUUUGUUCAGAAGCACUCUUCUGCUGGGUCUUGGUCUUUUGGCGAUUUUCUUGUCCAUAUACCUAGAGUGGUCAGGAGCGGGACCCCUCGGCUGUCUGUCGCUGGCGUUUGUAGCCGCGUUGAAGUGGAGGAAAGAGGUUCACCCCGAUGACAAGAAUCCCAUAGAAAAUGUUGUUGGUGUGUUGUGGAUGAUUUUUCAACCCCUGCUGUUUGGUUUGAUUGGAGCUGCAGUCAAUAUCAGUGACAUCGACACCAAUACAAUUGCUUUAGGACUUGCCACUCUGGGUAUUGGUCUGGGAAUCAGGAUGCUGGUGUCGUUCUGUGCGCUGUUUUGUUCAAGCCUCAACAUGCGGGAACGUAUCUUCAUCGCCAUCGCUUGGCUGCCCAAGGCCACUGUGCAGGCUGCUAUCGGAGCCCUUGCGUUGGACCAGGCCAUGUCGCGAAACAAGAGUGGAAUGAAAAACGACGAUGAGAUCAAAUACGGAAAACAGGUGCUAACGAUAGCCGUGUUAAGUAUUCUGAUCACAGCCCCAAUUGGGUCGACCGCCAUCGCAUUCCUGGGGCCGAGGCUACUCAAACAUCGUCUUCAGUCAACACAGAUGACGGUCGAGGUGGAUGCAAACGACAAACAGCAGCUACAUGACACAAAUGGAGAAGAAAGUUUACCUCUUAAUAACCAAGAAGAACAUCCUUUGACAUGAAGCAUCAGUAUCUAUGGAACAAUAAUUUGACAUGAAAUAUCAAUAUUUAUUUAAUGACAUCAGAAGAAGAGGGUGUACCACAUACAUAUUAUAUUAAUCAUCGAUGUGGGCAAUAGAAGGCAAUGAACUACUAAGAGUGAUAUAUAUAUUUCGUGCAUUCAUUCAUUAUUAUUAUUCUGAGAUGCAAUCUUUAAAUCAGGCAAAAAAAUUCAAGUUCUAAUGGUUCUACUACCAUGUGUUUGUGUUUGAUCUUGGGAAUCAUUAGGAUCGAAACACAUUGAUUUCUUUCUGAUGUUACCACUGCAAUGCAGCAAUGGUUAGAUAUUGAUGUUGAUUGAGACUGAAAUCACAAAUAUUAUAAUAUAUACUUAAAUUGUCGUUUGAGGGUAGUCUCUGAAGGUUGGGUUUUGGUGAUAUCUGUUAGGAGUUGUAUUUUAUGUUGUUAUUGAUGUUCCGUAUUGAUGUUCUGUAUUGAUGUUUAUGUUGAGGAAGCAAUGUUUGCUUUAGGACACUAGUCGGUCAGGUAUUUUGUUUCUUUUUUGCCCAAUUCUCACAGGCUUGGUUAUGUUUUUAUGCUUUGGUGAGAUAAUAGUUCUUUUAUUCUUGCCAAAUUCUCAACCACUUUUUUGUUUUUACGGAGUGCCAAUCUACGACUUUGUUGGUGCCCAUAUUAAUUAUGAAAUAUAGAGAAAUCUAUUCAUUCUUAAAUGUUACCCCGUCAGUGGGCCCAUUGCACUAUUUCUCACUUCAGCCAGUGCACCACGACUAGUACAACAAAGGCGGUGGUAUGUGCUAUCCUGUCUAUGGGAUGGUGCAUAUAAAAGAUCCCUUGCUGCUAAU